CCGGCGAGCCAGGAGCAUCGCGCCGCUGCCCUGCGCUGGGGGCCCCGGGGCCGCCGUGGCUCCGCUCCCUCCGCAUCGUGAUGCGGCCUCAUAGGAAAAUACUACUGCUGGCGCCCGCCCGGCCUGUGCCCCCCCCCGGAGCAGGGGUGACUCGUUAAAAGCCGCGGCCCCGGCAGGACGGAGCUGUGCCGGAGUGAGCGGCUGGAGCCAGGAACCCCCCCGGCCUCAGGCGCCGGGCGUCGAGGGCCCCUCUCGCCUCCGCCGCCGCCGCGGAGCCAUGAAGCUGAACGAGCGGAGCCUGGCGUUUUACGCCACCUGCGACUCGCCCGCCGACAACGCCGGCUUCCUCUACAAGCGGGGCGAGCGGCACACGGCCUUCCACCGCCGCUGGUUCGUCCUGAAGGGCAACAUGCUCUUCUACUUCGAGGAGCGCGAGAGCCGGGAGCCGGUGGGCGUCAUCGUGCUGGAGGGCUGCACCGUGGAGCUCUGCGACGCGGGCGAGGAGUUCGCCUUCGCCAUCCGCUUCGGCGGCGCCAAGUCCCGCACGUACGUGCUGGCGGCCGAGAGCCAGGCCGCCCUGGAGGCGUGGGUGAAGUCGCUGUCGCGCGCCAGCUUCGACUACAUGCGCCUGGUGGUGCGCGAGCUGCGGCGGCAGCUGGCGGAAGCGCGGCGGGGCCCGGCGGGCGCCGGGAAAGCCGGGACGGCGGCGGCGGAGCGGUCACCGGAGCCAUCGCUGCUGGAGCGGUCGUCGCCGGAGCUGUCGCCGCCGGAGCGGUCGUCGCCGGAGCGGCGGCCGGCUCUGCCCAAGGAGAACGGCUGCGCGGUGUGGAACAACGCGGGGGGCCCGGACCCGCCGCCCCGCGCCGCCCCGCGCCGGGCUAGCGGCUGCGACGCCGACGCCGGCCCCGGGCCGCAUCCGGUGCCACGGCAGUGGCGGCGGGUGUCCGGCGGCGGCGAGCCGGCCCCGGCGGACAGCCCCGGAGCGGCGCCCGCCUUCUCCCGGCUGCACGAGCGCUACGGCAGGGAGGUGGCCCGGCUGCGGCGCGAGUGGCUGGAAAGGCAGCAGGGCCAGCGGUGCUGAGCGGCGGCCCCGGGCGCCCGGCCCCCCACCACCGCCCCUCCUCUUCCUCGCUCCCCCCUGGGCACGGAUGCGGCCCUGGGUGCCUGUUGGUGCCGGUGCAUGGGAAUUAGGUGACGAUUUGGGGUCCCGGGGCGCUUCUCCAGAGCUCGGCGGCGAGGGCCGAGCGUGCUGCUCCGGAUCGCUCUCCACUCCGGCAGGAUGUGGUUGGGAAACGAAAAUAUCAGCGAGCGCAGCCCUUUCCGCGGUGCCAGCGCAUGGUGCCCGCUCCGGGGAGCCGCAGCCGCUCCGGGGCCCGGCACCACCACCGCCGGCUGCACGGAGCAGCCCCGGGCUCCCGGCAAAGCCGCCGGCCGGCUCCGGCGGAGCCUCUCCCGUGGGGAAGUGCCGGUCGCGGCGGCCGCCAGGAACCUGUGCGUCAGCGCCGCGGCUGAUGGAUGAUUCACGCGCGGCACCGAAAUGUCUCUCGAGUCACGUUUGGCUGCU